UCCUAGUAAGCUGCCACGCCUGCAAACGAGCCCAAGGGCAUUUUAGUCAUUAAGAACUUAUAUAAGCCGACCAUACUUAGGGUUUCUUUCUUAACAGGCCGGACCAUCUUUCACAUCCUGCGACAGAACCAGAGCCGCAUCCGCCUCCUUGCUCUCUCUCAGAGAUGGCCAAGUCAAAGAAUCACACUGCUCACAACCAGUCCUACAAGGCCCACAAGAAUGGGAUCAAGAAGCCUAAAAGGCACCGCCACACCUCCACCAAAGGGAUGGAUCCCAAGUUCUUGAGGAACCAGCGGUAUGCCAGGAAGCAUAACAAAAAGAGCGGUGAGACAGCCACCGAGGAAGAGUAAUUGAGCAUUUUGUUUCCUAUUUUACAUGUUAGGGUUUAUCUUAAUGGUGUAGUACUUUGUUGGGCUUUACUUCAAUGGCAAUACUGUUAAAGCCAUUUCUAUUUUGGAUAAUUGUUACUGAUACUUGUUUAAGAUUGUUAACUCUUGUGGGUCUACUCUUGUUCUUGCUUUCUUUUUGAAGAAAUGCUUAAUCUUUCCUUCUGGAGCUUAAGUUGCA